AUGGCUCUACAUUGUGGAAGCGAGAGGAGGUGGUCGAGGGUGGUAAAGAUGACUUUCUACUUGUUCUUUCUCAUACCAAUGUCAUCAGUUGGAAAUAGAAACACUAACACCAUAUUCAAUAAGAAACAAAAACUAGAGGUUCAGCAGCAAUUGAAGCGCCUUAACAAGCCUGCUCUUAAAUCCAUCGAGAGCCCGGAUGGAGAUAUAAUUGACUGCGUAGAUAUAAACAAGCAACCAGCUUUUGAUCAUCCUCUGUUAAAAAAUCACACAAUUCAGAUGAGACCAAGUUCUUACCCAGAAGGGUUUUCAUUCAAUGAGAGCAACGAUGUCUCUUCAAACUCUGAGCCCAAGUUGACUCAGCCAUGGCACUUGAAUGGAAGGUGCCCAGAAGGAACAAUUCCCAUAAGAAGAACUAAAGAAGAAGAUUUAUUAAGGGCAGGCUCUGCAGCAAAUUAUGGAAGGAAAAAACACCACUCCAUCCCUAAUGCUGAUUCCGCUGGAAUUACCCAUGAGUAUGCAGUGCUUGUUGAGGAAGGAGAUAAGUACUAUGGAAUGAUGGCAAAUAUGAACGUGUGGAAUCCCAAUACCGGGGACUCAAAUGAGUUCAGCGUGUCUCAAUUCUGGAUGACAGCAGGCCAAAGUGCUGAAGAUUAUGAUACCAUUGAAGCCGGCAUAAUAGUCAACGCUAAUCGAUAUGGCGAUUACCAAACUAGACUCGUCACGUAUUGGACUGAUGAUAACUAUAGAACCACAGGUUGCUACAAUCUGGAUUGCCCUGGCUUUGUUCAAGUCGACAACCAGAUUGCGACAGGUGCAACCGUCACCCCUUAUUCCAUCUAUGGUGGUACCCAACGUACAGUCGAAUUCUAUGUUUAUAAGGACAUUAAUGGAAAUGGAGACUGGUGGUUGAAAAUUGCGCAAAGAAACUUCGGAUAUUGGCCAUCUUCCAUAUUCUCGCUCCUGUCUAAUAGCGCUUCAUCGGUUCAAUGGGGAGGAGAGGUGAUAAACUUAAAGCUAGGUGACAAGCACACCACAACACAAAUGGGCAGUGGCCAUUUCCCUGAAGAAGGGCCUGGCAAGGCUAGUUUCUUCGAUACACUCAAUGUUAUUGAUGGUAAAACAAUUCUCAGACGUCCCUGGAACAGUCGUACAGUGAUAACGAAUCCCAAUUGCUAUAAUCUCAUAAAUUCUGGAGACUACUUUUAUUAUGGUGGUCCUGGUAGAAACCCCAAUUGUCCAUGA